GACAGCUCUGGGAACGCUUGUAUAAAGCUCGGCUGGGCUAAUCCGUACUGAUCCCAUUAUCAUCCCCAUCUAACCGGACAGACAACGCCGUAUUGUCUCCCAGAGACGCAAGCAGUUGAGUACUUUUGGGGAAGCCUGCCCCUCGAGUGGCCAUCAUGGGGGAUGACAGUGAGUGGAUGAAGCUUCCCAUUGACCAAAAAUGUGAACACAAGGUGUGGAAAGCCCGUCUGAAUGGUUAUGAAGAGGCUCUGAAGUUGUUUCAGAGGAUAGAAGAUGAGAAGAGUCAAGAAUGGGGGAAGUACCUUGGACUGAUAAAGAAGUUUGUCACUGACUCUAAUGCUGUUGCUCAGCUUAAAGGCUUGGAAGCUGCUCUGGCCUUCAUCGAGAACGCCCAUGUAGCUGGCAAGACAACAGGUGAGGUAGUGUCGGGCGUGGUGACCAAAGUGUUCAACCAGCCAAAAGCCCGGGCCAAGGAGCUGGGCACAGACAUCUGUCUGAUGUACAUGGAGAUCGAGAAGGCUGAGGUAGUUCAGGAAGAGCUCCUGAAAGGCCUGGACAACAAGAACCCCAAGAUAGUGGUGGCCUGCAUAGAGACGGUCCGGAAGGCUCUCAGUGAGUUUGGAUCGAAGAUAGUAACGUUGAAGCCAGUAGUGAAGGUUUUACCUAAACAGUUUGAGUCUAGAGAGAAGGCGGUGAGAGAUGAAGCUAAGCUGCUUGCUGUAGAGAUCUACAAAUGGAUCAGAGAUGCUCUGAGACCGUCACUGCAGAACAUUAACUCUGUACAGCUGAAGGAGCUGGAGGAAGAGUGGGUUAAGCUGCCUUUAUCUCCUCCCAAGCAGACCAGGUUCUUGCGCUCGCAGCAGGACCUGAAAGCAAAGUUUGAACAGCAACAAGCCCAAGGAGGAGCUCAGUCUGAUGAAGAAGAUGUGGCAGAAACAGUGACAGCAGUGGAUCCUUAUGAACUACUGGAAGCUGUGGAAAUUCUGUCCAAGAUGCCCAAAGACUUCUAUGAGAAAAUAGAAGCUAAAAAGUGGCAGGAAAGGAAGGAAGCUCUGGAGGCUGUAGAAGCUCUGACCAAGAACCCCAAAUUGGAGAAUGGAGACUAUGGAGACCUGGUCAGAGCAAUGAAGAAGGUUGUGGGAAAAGAUGCCAAUGUGAUGCUGGUGUCAAUGGCAGCUAAAUGUCUGGCUGGACUGGCCACAGGUCUUAGGAAGAAAUUUGGAACAUAUGCAGGACAAGUGGUUCCAACUAUACUGGAAAAGUUCAAGGAAAAGAAGCCUCAGGUUGUCCAGGCCCUGCAAGAGGCUAUUGACGCCAUCUUCCUCACUACCACUCUGCAGAACCUUUCAGAGGACAUCCUAGCCGUGAUGGACAAUAAAAACCCUUCCAUUAAGCAGCAGGCCUCUUUGUUUCUGGCCCGCUCUUUCAGACACUGUACGCAGGCCACUCUGCCCAAGAGCAUCCUCAAACCCUUCUGUGCUGCUCUCAUUAAGCAAGUGAAUGACUCUGCUCCAGAGGUGCGUGACGCUGCCUUUGAAGCUUUGGGGACAGCAAUGAAAGUGGUGGGAGAGAAAGCUGUGAACCCUUUCCUGGCUGACUUGGAUAAACUGAAACUGGAUAAGAUAAAGGAGUGUGCUGAUAAAGUGGAGCUCCCUGGAGGGAGGAAGGGUGCAGGAGGAGGAAGUGGAGGAGUGGGGGACAAAAAGUCUGCAGCUAAAGCUCCUCCCCCUGCUGAAGCUCUACCCAAAUCCUCUGCCCCAACCAAGAAGACCCAGACUGCUGCUGCCAGCAAGCCGUCAGCAGGUCCAGCAAAGAAAGGCAAACCACCCUCUGCAGGUGGAGGAAAAAGCAAGAAGAUGUCAGACAGUAAAGAAAUCACAGAGAGUGAACUGUCGGUGGAGGUGUGUGAGGAGCUGGCAGCAGGUGUACUUCCUGCUUCCUGCCUGCAGCAGCUGGACUCAGCCAACUGGAAGGAGAGACUGGCCAGUAUGGAGGAGUUCCAGAGGGCUGUUGAGACCAUGGAUAAAGCGGGGAUGCCCUGCCAGGCCUUAGUCAGGAUGUUGGCCAAGAAACCAGGCUGGAAGGAGACCAACUUUCAGGUGAUGCAGAUGAAGCUGCACAUUGUGGCUCUUAUAGCCCAGAGAGGAACGUUUUCAAAGACCUCAGCCUCUGUGGUUUUAGAUGGCUUGGUGGAUAAGGUUGGAGACAUCAAAUGUGGUGGAAACGCAAAGGAGGGACUGACGGCCAUCGGAGAGGCCUGCUCACUGCCGUGGACUGCAGAACAGGUUGUCUCUAUGGCGUUUGCACAGAAGAACCCCAAAAACCAGGCAGAGACCCUCAACUGGCUGGCUAAUGCCAUGAAGGAAUUUGGCUUUGCAGGUAUCAAUGUGAAGGGUUUUAUCAACAACGUGAAGACAGCUCUGGGAGCAACUAACCCUGCCGUUCGGACGGCAGCCAUCACCCUGCUGGGAGUCAUGUACCUCUACAUGGGCGCUCCUCUACGCAUGUUUUUUGAAGAUGAGAAACCUGCACUCCUCGCACAGAUUGACGCCGAGUUUGAAAAGAUGCAGGGCCAGUCUCCACCACCUCCCAUCCGAUUCACCAAGAAGGCAGCGGCAGAGGAGGAGGGUGAUGAUGGAGAGGAGCAGGAAGAGGAUGGAGGAGGAGGAGGAGGAGGACAGGACAUCAUGGACCUACUGCCCAGAACAGACAUCAGUGACAAGAUCACAUCUGAUCUGGUGUCUAAAAUUGGGGAUAAGAACUGGAAGAUCAGGAAGGAGGGUCUAGAUGAGGUUGCAGCCAUCAUAUCAGAUGCCAAGUUCAUCACAGCCAACAUUGGAGAACUGCCUCUGAGCCUGAAGGGACGACUCGGUGAUUCCAACAAGAUCCUGGUCCAACAGACCCUGACCAUCCUGCAGCAGCUGGCUACAGCCAUCGGACCUGGACUGAAACACCAUGUUAAAACACUUGGAAUCCCUGUUAUCACUGUACUGGGAGACAGCAAGCCUAAUGUAAGGACAGCUGCCAUGACCACUCUGCAGGCCUGGGUGGAGCAGACUGGGAUGAAGGAAUGGCUGGAGGGAGAGGACCUGUCAGAGGAGCUGAAGAGAGAAAACCCUUUCUUACGACAGGAGAUGCUUGGCUGGUUAGCAGAGAAGCUGCCCACCCUGAGGACAGUACCUGGGGAUCUGAUGCUGUGUGUCCCUCAGCUUUAUGCCUGCCUGGAGGACAGAAAUGGAGAUGUGAGGAAGAAAGCUCAGGACGCCUUGCCCACCUUCAUGAUGCACCUGGGUUACGACAAAAUGACCAAGGCUACUGGGAAACUCAAACCGGCCUCUAAGGAUCAGGUGAUGGCCAUGUUAGAAAAGGCCAGAGCAGUGAUGCCAGCCAAACCUGCUGCUCCUGCCAAAAGUGGAGGGGGAAAAGGCUCUGCAGAGCUGAGCAGAGCUGCUUCAGCCUCCAGGUCUCAGGCAGCCAGUGAGGAUGUUGUUGACAGUAAACCUGAAGUGAAGAAGGUCAGAGGAGGAGUGGCUGCUAAGAAGCCUCCCUCCCCUCCCGAGGAACCUGUCCCUCCCCCUCCCUCCAAGGACAAGGACAGUAAUGGUAGUAAAAAGCUCCCCAGCAAAGGGAAGGCUGCUGCUGGCAGUCAACAGGGUGCUGCUGCUAAAAAACCUCCUGCCAAAGGCCUGAAGGAUGAUGAAGAUAAAUCAGGGCCGAUCUUCAUCCUCAUCCCCAAUGCUAAGGAACAGAGAAUCAAGGAGGAGAAGCAGCUGAAGAUUUUGAAGUGGAACUUCAUCACUCCUCGAGAUGAAUAUGUGGAGCAGCUGAAAACUCAGAUGUCCACCUGCUUUGCUAAGUGGCUGCAGGAUGAGCUGUUUCACUUUGACUUCCAGAGACAUGUCAAGGCCAUAGGAGUCAUGAUUGAGAGGUUGGAGAGUGAGAGUGAAGCCACUAUCAGCUGUCUAGACCUGAUUCUGAAGUGGUUCACGCUACGUUUCUUUGACACCAACACCACAGUCCUGAUGAAGGUGCUGGAGUAUCUGAAGCUGCUGUUUGCCAUGCUGAACAGAGAGAACUACCAUCUGACUGAGUAUGAGGCCAACUCUUUUGUCCCCUACCUUAUACUCAAGGUUGGAGAGUCAAAGGAUGUGGUCCGCAAAGAUGUGCGGGCCAUACUGACCAUGCUGUGUAAGGUUUACCCAGCAUCCAAGGUCUUCCCUUUCCUCAUGGAUGGAACCAAGUCCAAGAACUCCAAACAGAGAGCUGAGUGUCUGGAGGAGUUGGGCUGUUUGAUAGAGGGCUAUGGGAUGAAUGUUUGCCAACCAACUCCAGCUAAGUCUCUGAAGGAGAUUGCUGUUCACAUCGGUGACAGAGACACAUCUGUCCGUAAUGCCGCCCUUAACACUGUGGUGGCUGUCUAUAAUGUCUGUGGGGACCAGGUUUACAAACUAAUAGGAAAUUUGUCAGAGAAAGACAUGAGCAUGCUAGAGGAGAGGAUCAAGCGUUCAGCCAAGAAAACUCCGGCAGCUCCGGCCAAGCAGAGUGCGCCUGAGAGGUCUCAGAGAGAGCACACGACCAACCCCAACGCCACCUUCCUCCGUAAGCCUGCACAGGAGGACCCCAACAAACUCAAUCAAGCCCGUCAGAACACCCAGCACAGCGAGUCCUCCCACCCCUCCAUCCCCAAGGAGUUCCAGUUAGACCUAGACAUGAUUGAGAUGGACCAGAGCAGAGUGUGUGAGCUGCCAGACCUGGUCCAACACAAACUUGACGAGCUGCUGGAGCCCAUCAUGAUCCCCGAACCCAAGAUGCAUUCUGUUUCUCCACACUUUGACGACCUCCACAACAGCACAGCCUCCACUAUCAACUUUGUCAUUUCCCAGGUAGCCAGUGGAGACAUAAACACCAGCAUACAGGCGCUGGCACAGAUUGAUGAGGUGUUGCGGCAGGAGGACAAAGCAGAGGUCAUGUCAGGACACAUCGAUCAGUUCCUCAUUGCUACCUUCAUGCAGCUCAGGCUCAUCUAUAGCACACACAUGGCUGAUGACCGCAUGGACAAGAAGGACAUCAUCAAACUGUACAGCUGCAUCAUAGGAAAUAUGCUAUCUUUGUUCUCUAUGGAGUCCCUGGCCAGAGAGGCAUCUAUGGGUGUGCUGAAGGACCUGAUGCAUGGCCUGAUAACACUGAUGCUGGAUGUCAGGGUGGAGGACAUAGAGGACGGACAGCAGGUCAUCAGAUCUGUCAACCUGCUGGUGAUCAGAGUCCUGGAGAAGUCUGACCAGACCAACAUGAUCAGUGCUCUGCUGGUUUUGCUUCAGGACAGUUUAAUUACAACAGCUGGUCCCCCCAUGUUCUCUGAGCUGGUCAUGAAGUGUCUGUGGAGGAUGAUACGCUUCCUCCCAGAGACCAUUAAUACCAUCAACCUGGACCGGAUCUUACUGGACGUGCACAACUUCAUGAAGGUUUUCCCCAAAGAGAAGCUCAAGCAGCUCAAGAGUGAUGUCCCACACCGAACCCUCAAGACCCUGUUACACACACUCUGCAAGCUCACUGGGGCCAAGAUCCUGGACCACCUGUCAAUGAUAGAGAAUCGUAAUGAGUCUGAGUUGGAGGCCCAUCUGAGGCGGGUGGUCAAACACUCUGGAAAUCUGUCAGGACUCAAAAGUGACCGAGGCAGUGAGAAGACGGGUCUGCGCACGGAGGAUCGAAUGUCAAAGGCAAAGGUCAGUGACAUCCUGUCUGAGAUCUUCAAGAAGAUUGGCUCCAAGGAGAACACUAAAGAGGGUCUGACAGAGCUGUAUGAGUACAAACAGAAGUAUUCAGAUGCAGACCUGGAACCCUUCCUCAAAAACACAUCCCAGUUCUUCCAGAGCUACGUGGAGCGAGGCCUUCGUAUGAUCGAGUCUGAGAGGGAGGGCAAGGCACGGAUCCAGACCUCAGCAGUGAUCCCUCAGCAUGGCAUGGACUCCAGUAUGACCAGUAACAACGAGGAGCUCAAACCAGCUGUUUACUAUGAGAGACUUAAAAUCCUCAGACAGAGACAAGGCCUGGAAAACACCUCCAGGCAGGGUGUUGGAGGGAGUGAUGACGAGCCUCAGCAGAGACCUCCCAUCUCGUCCCUGCUGUCAUCCAAGCCGUCGGUGGCCUCCUCCACCGACAUGCUCCACAGUAAGCUGUCUCAGCUCAAAGAGUCCAGAGAGAUGUACCAGCAGGAACACAACGCACAUUCCCACUCCCCGACACAUGCACACACUCGCUCUGCCUCGCCAGCUGCCAACCUGGACGACCUGAAGAAACGUCUGGAGAGGAUAAAGAGCAACCGGCAGUAAGGAACGCCUCCUCACCACUUCAUCUCAUCACAGAGCCUGUGGAUUUCAGCUGAUAGUAGAAAACAUUAAAAAUACAUCCUCCUUAUUAACUCCCUCUGUCUUUACAUCCUUGUUCUGGUAGAUGGACAUAGGAAGCACUUGGAUACUAAAGUCCUCCCCACCCCCACCCCCACCCCCGUAUCAACAAAUAGCAACAGACAAACAAACCCUCUAAUUUAAACCUGACUCCACCCACUGUGCCUGUAUGUUAGAAAUCAAACGCACCCUCAUCUGACUCUAGGUGACUACAUUCAGACUGAGAGACCGGAACAGAAAACCAUCCAGGUGUUUUUAGAUUAUGACUCAUGAAAAGACACAAACACACACACAUUUUCACUGCAGUAUAACAAUGACACAGUGACACCCCCCACCCCCCCUCUGUUUUAGUGUCCUGACAUGUUUGUACAUAUUUAAAGAUUGUUGUUAUGGAGCUUCUCUUGUGCUCACAGGAAAACACAGUGUUGUUUUCUUCCUGUUUUCAUGUUGAACCACAUCUCUUCUGCUGCUGCUGCGUGAGGGUGGAGAAACACUGAGACUGCCCCCUUGUGGCUGAACACUGACCACUCAAACACUGUUAGGAUGGCAGAGUGUAAUCCUCAAUGAGUUUAGCUCAAGAAUCUAGUGAUUUCAGAGAGUUUAUCUUUACUUUGUGACAGUAAAGAUAAAAUCCUGAUGACUGACUGACAACAACAACAGCACAGAGGCUGUCUCUGUUUCAGAAUAGCACAUAUUCCAGACUGGGCCUGGAAUGCCAGGACUGAGUUUUAAUGGAAGACAGUUCUGUCUCCUGAUCUGUCUCCUUUUCAGACAUUUAGCUGCGUCUACAGAACCAGAGCUGAACUGGUUUUACUCAGUGACAUGGAGUCCUCUGUCUCUGUCCCAACCAGACUCUUAAAACCCCCUUGUAUGUUUGGUAGGCCUUACACAGGACAGAUGUUGUGGCCUUGAGUAGAUUGAUUGUCUAAAGUCUGUGUUUUUCACUUCUUCUUCUUUAAGAGUCAUAGAUUUUCCUAGUGGAGCGUAGACCUGCAGACCUUCGGUCAGACCUGCAGGCCUGUGCUGGUCCUCUAAGACUCAGUUCUAACAGUGAGCUGGUUUAGGUCCAGACCAACAGAGGCGUGUACAGCUGUGUUGAAGUUGUGUUAUGGACUGUGCUGUGGGUCGACAUUUGGCUGUAAAUACUGUAUGUAAUGUCCUCCAUUCACCCCACCCCCUCCCCAAUAGCCCAGUUAUUUAACAGCAGUCAUGGAAUGGGACUGUAGAGCCAACAUGGCUGACACUGUAAUGAACAUCAACCCAACUCUGUUUAUGGGGAUGGAGGAAGUUGACCUGUGGUGUGUGUGUGUGUAGAGCAUGGCAUGAAGGCAGUGUUUUCAUUUUCUCAUGUAAAUAAAGUUUGCAUUAAUUAAACUUGUGUUUAAUGACAUUGUUUUUCCUUAUAAAGACGCUGAUGAUGAUGAUGAUGGCCCUUUCAUCUGUUCUGUAGCUGAAUGUUGAGUAAAGAAAAACACAGUAACAUUGUUUUUGUAUUUAAUUCACUGUCAGUACUGGUCUUACAUUGUUGCUCUCCGCUUUCCUUGUAUAAUCCAUUGUGGAAAAUGGCAAUAAAGUCUUGUUUUUUUUAACAAUCCAA